AUGCCCUCUUCUCGCUGGACCACAUGGGCCUGGAUGCUUCUCCUUUCUGGCUGUGCCAUGGGAUGGCCGAAGCAAAGCAGCUCUGCCACAAGUGACAUCAGAAACUGCACUAUAUCCCCGCCGUUCCUGCCCCCCACGGUGACAGACACAAGCGCACAGCUGAAUGCCCUGCGCCAGCGCAUGCAGUUCUACAACAUCAGUGCCUACAUUGUCCCAGCCACCGAUGCACACAUGAGCGAGUACAUUGCUGAGCGGGAUGCACGGCUGGCGUGGAUUAGCAGCUUCACGGGAUCUGCAGGGACGGGGGUGGUGACGACAAAGAAGGCGGCUCUGUGGACAGACAGUCGGUACUGGACCCAGGCUGAGCGCCAGAUGGACUGCAACUGGGAGCUACAGAAGAUAGUCUGGACUGAUUCCAUCGGCGAGUGGCUGCUCCAGGAGAUUCCCGCUGGCGAGAACAUUGGACUGGAUCCCUUCCUCUUCUCCAUUGAUCUCUGGAACAGUUACGCCCGCGUUCUGCAGGGUUCCAGCAGGACCCUGGUUCCCAUCGAGGACAACCUUGUGGACCUGGUGUGGGGCACGCAGCGGCCUCCUUCGCCCACCAGCAAGAUCUACCUCCUGCCAGAGACCUUCACGGGCAGCACCUGGCAGGAGAAAGUGUCCGGGAUCCGGAGCCAGAUGGAGAAGCACUCCAGGAGCCCCACAGCCGUGUUGCUGUCAGCUCUGGAGGAGACGGCCUGGCUCUUCAAUCUCCGAGGAGAUGACAUCUCGUACAACCCUGUCUUCUUCUCCUACGCACUGCUGACCACAUCAGACAUCAGUCUGUUUGUGGACAGGAACCGCCUGAGCACAGAGGCGCUGCAGUCCUUGAGCGCACAGUGCCCGGGGCCCCUGUGCGUGCAGGUGGAGGAGUAUGACCAGGUGCGAGCCAGCGUGCAGGCCUAUGCCCAGGGAGACGUCCGGGUCUGGAUCGGGACGGAAUACACGACCUAUGGGCUCUACGGAGUGAUCCCCCAGGACAAGCUGGUGGAAAGCAGCUACUCCCCCGUGAUGACGACCAAGGCAGUGAAGAAUGCCAAGGAGCAGACGCUGCUGAGAGCAGCCCAUGUGCGGGACGCCGUGGCUGUGAUCCAGUACCUGCUCUGGCUGGAGAAGAACGUUCCCAAGGGGUUGGUGGAUGAAUUCUCCGGCGCUCGCUAUGUGGACAAGCUACGAAGAGAGAAGGAGCACUGCAGGGGCGCCAGCUUCGAGACCAUCUCUGCCAGCGGGCUCAACGCAGCGCUGGCCCACUACAGUCCAUCCAACGUCAGCAGCCGGAAGUUGUCUGUGGAUGAAAUGUACCUGUCGGACUCCGGAGGACAAUAUCUGGACGGAACCACGGACAUAACCCGGACUGUCCACUGGGGAGAGCCCACCCCUUUCCAGAAGGAAGCAUACACGCGAGUGCUGAUGGGAAACAUCGACCUGGCCAGGCUUGUCUUCCCUUCCGAAACAUCAGGGAGAGUGGUUGAGGCCUUCGCACGCCGAGCCUUGUGGGAGGUUGGACUCAACUACGGCCACGGGACUGGCCAUGGCAUUGGCAAUUUUCUGUCUGUCCAUGAGUGGCCAGUGGGAUUCCAGUCCAACAACGUGCCCUUGGUCAAAGGGAUGUUCACGUCCAUAGAGCCCGGUUAUUACCAGGAGGGUGAGUUUGGAAUCCGCAUUGAAGACGUGGCACUGGUGGUGGAAGCUCAGACCAAGCAUGGGGCAGGGGAGAAGGCCUACCUGACCUUCGAGGUGGUGUCUCUGGUGCCCUAUGACCGGAACCUCAUCGACAUCAGCUUCCUGUCUGAGGACCAGAUCCAGUAUCUCAACACGUACUAUGAGACCAUCCGCCAGCGCGUGGGACCAGAGCUGCAGAGACGCCAGCUGGAGGAGGAGUACGAGUGGCUGAGGAGGAACACACAGCCCUUCUCACGGGGCACUCUGGUGGCCGCCUCCCUGGGCACCCUGGCAAUCACCUCUCUGGUGUCUACGCUCCUGCCUGACAGACAGGCCUGA